AUGACGACAUUUGGAAUCAAUCUAACCGCUAGUUUAAAAACAAAGGCAAAAAAAAAAGUGUCUCUCUCUCUGUCAUUUGUUUGCGUACGUCAAUUUGCAGAAGUAAUCGCUUUUCUCUUUUUCCGAACAAUCCUUGAAGCUCGGAGCUCCUCCUCUCCUCCGCCGGAAACCACCGCGAUCUCCUCUGGUUUGAUUCAAAUGGGGAAAAUCAAGAAAGUGAACCGUAGGGGUAACAUUGCUACACCUUAUCCAUCACCACCGUCUUGCUGCAAGAAAGAGUGGGCAGGAUCAACAUGUCCAGUAUGUUUGGAGUCACCGCACAACGCCGUUCUCCUCCUCUGCUCCUCCUACCACAAAGGAUGUCGACCGUAUAUGUGUGCAACGAGCAGCCGUUUCGCCAACUGCCUUGACCAGUACAGGAAAUCAUACGGCAACGAAGACUCUGAGCAGCCAGAGCUUCUCUGUCCUCUCUGCAGAGGUCAAGUGAAAGGCUGGACCGUUGUGGAAGACGCUCGUGUGCAUUUCAACUCCAAGAGAAGGACUUGCAUGCAGGAGAAUUGCUCCUUUGUUGGAAACUUCCGGAAGCUGAAGAAACAUUUGAAGGAGAAGCACCCGGACGCUUGCCCUAGAGCCGUUGAUCCAGCUCUGGAAACGAAAUGGAAGAGGCUGGAGAGGGAGAGAGAUCGAAGAGACGUGAUCAGCACGAUAAUGUCGUCGACUCCAGGCGCUGUGGUGUUGGGGGAUUAUGUGAUUGAGCCGCAUAACAGAGGUGUUUAUGAUGAAGACGACGACGAUGAAGAUUCCAGCUCAGACGAUGAUGACAACAACGGCGUGUUGGAGCUGGAUUCGUGGCAAGGACAGAGCCAUCAUAUUCGGUUUAUCGAUAUGGAUCCGAGCGACUUCGCGUCGUCUUCUCGGUCAUCCCCUGCUUCUUCUCCAAGCCGUUCGAUUCGCCGUUUGCUGUUUCAAAGGAGCCAGAGAGGCGGCGAUAGAGGAGAAGUAUAA